AAGUGACUGGUGAAGAUCCAACAAGGGCAGAUGGUCCACAAUCACCUGCUGACUGAGACAUGCAAUAACAUCAAGCCACGUCACUUUCGGCCACCAUCACAGUCGCACAGAGAUUCUCUGUCGUCGAAUAAAAAAUGAAAAAAAAAAAAUACAAUGCUUUACUCAGGACAUAGACAAACCCUCCUUCUCACUCCUCACACCCUCUCGUUGGCUUCUUCGCCCAAACAACAAACAGUGGUUGAGUUCUCGCCGCCGGGCAUUCGCCGGAAUCUGACGAAUUUUAUGGGCCUAUUUUAUGACCGGAAAGUGUAAACCCUAGAUUAGCUCACAAUAUACGUACUUUUGAGCUCUUGUUGUAUGAAUUGUACUUGUCAUCGACAGUACUUCACAGUUUCUGUUGUUGUAUUAAAGAUCUGAAGUUGGGAUUUGAGAGAAAAACAGAGUUAUGUAUGUGGUUCCUCCUCCGAAGCAGUCCGAUCCGAUAUCCGGAUACACUAGCGGCUCCGAUGGUUUCAGGAUUUACCAGACAUGGAAAGGCGGCAAUAUAUUUUUUCUUCAAGGAAGGUUUAUAUUUGGACCAGAUGUAAGGUCGCUGUUUCUCACCAUAUUUCUUAUUGUUGCUCCAGUCACAGUUUUCUGUGUCUUUGUUGCUAGAAAACUGAUGGACAAAUUUUCUCACCACUUGGGAAUAUCAAUAAUGGUUGUGGCUAUUGCAUUCACAUUCUACAUUUUAGUUGUCCUCCUGCUAACUUCUGGAAGAGAUCCUGGUAUAAUUCCUCGUAAUGCACACCCUCCAGAACCAGAAGGCUAUGAUGGAACUACAGAAGGUGGUGGCCAUACACCCCAGUUACGCCUUCCUCGCAUUAAAGAAGUAGAGGUCAAUGGGAUUACCGUGAAAAUCAAGUAUUGUGAUACAUGCAUGCUUUAUAGACCUCCCCGCUGCUCACACUGUUCAAUUUGCAAUAAUUGUGUUGAACGAUUUGACCACCACUGCCCUUGGGUAGGACAGUGUGUUGGGCUGCGGAAUUAUCGAUACUUCUUUAUGUUUGUCUUCUCGACGACACUUCUUUGUAUAUAUGUUUUUAGUUUCUGCUGGGUGUACAUCAAGAAGAUCAUGGAUUCAGAGGAGACAACAAUAUGGAAAGCAAUGAUCAAGACCCCUGCCUCCAUUAUUCUAAUAAUUUACACCUUCAUAUCAGUGUGGUUUGUUGGUGGCCUAACUGUCUUCCAUUUAUAUCUCAUCAGUACAAACCAGACUACUUAUGAGAAUUUCAGAUAUGGAUAUGAUCGGCGAGCCAACCCUUUUAACAAAGGAGUGGUGCAGAACUUGAUGGAGAUAUUUUGCAGCAGUAUCCCUCCAUCCAAGAACAAUUUCAGCGCAAAGGUGCCAAGGGAACCUGGAUUUCCGGUUCGAUCAACAGGUGGUGGUUUUGUUAGCCCAAACAUGGGGAAGGCCGUUGAUGACAUAGAAAUGGGUAGAAAAGGCGUGUGGGGAGAUGUCGGGUGUGGGAUAGAUCAUUGUGAAGGGCAACUUAGCAACAAUGAUGGUACAAACGAUAAAGAUGGCGGAUUAAGUGAAAAGUCCCCAGAUAUAAGGACUACAGUAGAUGAGAGGGACCGUGCUGGAGUAUAUCCCAGGCACUCCAGCUGGGGAAGAAAAAGUGAAAGCUGGGAGACGUCGGCUGAAGUUGUUGCUCCAGCAUCUAGAGUGGGGUAAACAAAGGGAGCGGUAGUAGCAGCGUGAUGAUGUCCGGAGCUAGGUAACCAACCAAAGCUGUGACUUUUCAACUUCAACAAUAUUUGUGUGCAUUACGGCUCAACACAGUGCGAAGUGUUGGUUUGGCCAUUUUGGUUUAUGAAGGAAUAGCACGGUUGUGUGAUUGUCUUCAUUUCUGGGUUUUGUAUUGCAUUCGUGAAAUUUGUUGGUGUUAAAUUGUAGUGUGUACGCUGAAGCCCCAUAUCUUUGUUGUUCCUGGUGGUGUUGGGAUUGGGUUGGGCUUUGUGUUUGGUUUUGUCCAAGUUGACCAAACUCACAUGCAUUACACGUGA